ACCGGACAACACAAGAAGGUUCAGAGUAAGCUAGCAAACAGCUGGGAAGGGAGGCAGGAGAAAGAGGGAGAAGAAACGUCCUUUCCUCUCGUUGUUUCGCUUUUGUAGUUGAUAAUUGAGUGUUUUUCUGGAAGUUCGUCUAGUAGGUGUCUUCAAUUUGUAAGCAGUUAGCAUGUCAGCGGUGUUACAGUGGGAGCUAAGCUAACAGCUGGGCAGCUCAGUUCUUGGAACUUGUUAGCAUCGAUGAGGGAAGCUAACCCCCCUUCAGAGUGGUAAACAAGGCUCCCCACCUCGCCCCGACUUAGCUGGCCUCCUAACAACGUCAGAAGCCAGCAGAAUGACAGAGGAUGCCGUCCUGCUGAAUGUACCCGUUAUUCGGCAGCUGUACCACUGGGACUGUGGCUUAGCCUGCUCCAGGAUGGUUCUGAAGUACGUGCACCCGGUGAGUGAUGAGGAGUUCCAGAGAGCAUGCUGGGAGCUGCAGCUGACCGAGAGCGUGUGGACCAUUGACCUGGCCUACCUCAUGUGUAAUCUAGGGGUCAGACACUGCUUUUGCACACAGACUCUUGGUGUCGAUAAAGGCUUUAAAAACCAGUCUUUCUAUAAGAAGCGUUUCGAUAUGGAAGAAGACCGGGUGAACAGACUGUUCCUCAAGGCAGAAAGCAAAGGUGUGGUGGUGAAGAAAUGUUCAGUAACCAUUCAGGAAAUCCAGUCUCAUCUGGAGCAGGGUCACGUGGCCAUCGUGCUGGUCAACGCCAUUGUCCUGACGUGCGAGUCGUGCUCUUCGCCCGUCAAAUACUGCUGCUUCCUGCCUGUGGGGCAGAAGUGUUUCUGUAGGAAGCCGGAGUACCAGGGUCACUUUGUGGUCGUGUGCGGCUUCAACAGGACCUCCGGCUGCAUCUUCUACAACAACCCGGCGUAUAACGACCGUGUGUGUUGCACCAGCAUCGGUAACUUUGAGGAGGCCAGGCGGAGCUACGGAACAGAUGAGGACAUCCUCUUCGUCUUCAAACAGAGCUGAAGGACAAUAUUAACGACCUGGGGUCUUCAUCAUCAGCCUGACUGCAGCAGCUCCCAGGUCUAGCGGCGCCACCUCUGGUCUGCUGGCAGAACUUCAGCCAGCUUUUCUUUUUUUUUUUUCCCUCAUGCUCCACACCUCAACAGUUCACCCCACUGAUGGAUGUAAAUGUUCACAAGCCAAAACCUCUUCAUCUCAGAUGGAUUAUUUUUCUACUCCGCUGUGUAAUACGAGCAGGUGGAAUUUUAUCGUUUUAAUUUUGACGCCUACAGCCGUUCUCGCUCAGCAGUUCAGUCGAGCCGUUAAAACUCCUUGGAGUUUGGAGGAAUUAUGUGGGGAAAACGGGGCGUCGAAUGUGAAUUACCAGGGACUGACAUGCACAUUAUUCAGGGCUUCUCUUCAUGACUGACAGUAUUGUGCAUUUACUCCACUUGUUGUGUUUGUUAUUGAUGUGAAGCUGCUCACCUUUAACCCCCUCAGCCCUUCUGCCCUCCAGCCUCGCCUCUACCUGCCUUUUAGGAAGACCCCAUCGCUCCCUUUUCAUCCACAAGAGUGUAGGAACAGGGAAAACGGAGCGUGGUGGUGUUUUGAUCGUCUCAGGUAUUCGACGCUCUGAAGCGUACCAGCGCUGGAUCAACACAGUGUGUUCCGUCUGCCGGACUCCACGCGACACCCAGAGACAAAGGUUUGUCGGGUUCACCAACUUUACUGGAGAAACGACACGAGUCGAAGCGAUUUGUCUCGGGUCGAUGUCGAUCAGUCGGAUGGAUUCUAUUAACUCUAGGUGAUUUUCCUCAUUGCCUCUGUUUUAUUUUAUUUUUUUAAGUUGCGGUAAUGUAUAUACAUCUUUGCACUACCUUUUUUUUUUUUCCAUACCAGACUCGAUUGUGUUAUUUAAAAGCGAAUCUUUUUCUAGUGCUACAAAAUGUCCGCGCCGUCUGCUCAUGCUCUCUGGUGGAAACAAGCGGCACGUUUUAAGACCACAAUCUUUAUUUUUUUUUAAACAUAGAACUGCAUUUUAUUAUGAGGUGUAAUUAAAAGAUUUCAACACA